GGUGGUUCUGUGGUUCUGUAGUUCCAGUUGGUACCGGUGCUGGACCGCUUCUCUACCACGCGCAGCCUGCGUUGACAUGCCCUGCAAGCCACACCAAACUUGAACUCUCGCCUGCAAGCUUGACUGCUCUCCUCUUCCCGCUACGCUACGGACAAUCUCCUUCGUCACCAAGCAGUUCCAGUUCCAGUUCCAGUUCCUGCGAGCGUCCUGCUUCCCUUCCUUCUCCGGAUCUUCACUUGGACCUUGGAUUCCCGUCACUUCUGAACGACUGUCGCUCUUUCUUGUUCGUCGUUCGCAACCAUACUCUAGUCACCUUCCGACCUCGACACAUACAUUCCUAGGGGUCGGUAGCAUCAACACAUCCUCUCUACUCACUCUAGUCCGGGAAUCGUUUCAACGGAUCCCUGCGCAUAGAAACGCACUCAACCCUCACGCGUAAUCCGUCAUCCUCCCAAAAUCUGCCGCGCCGCACCCAGCCCUCAAUCCUUCGAAUCCUGUUUUAGAAGCCUCCGAACGGCCGUCGACCACCAUUGACCGAACCAAUUGUCCCUCUACUACCUCAUGCCUCUACAAAUAUUGAGACAGUGACAACAACUUCUCGUCCGUCGCUGCGGCGCAGACGCAUAUUAUCAUGCAUCUGUUGUCGCGGUUCGACCUGCGGGUGUCGACCGCUUUAAUAUGGCUCGCAACGCAAGGAGUAUCUCAGACAGUACCUGCACCUAAUCUAGAUCUCAACUCCCUCGGCGAUGUCACACUCGCAGGCAACUUUGACGCCAUCUCAGUCUAUUCGUCGGUGGGGCAGCAGCAAGGAUACAGCAGUAAUGGCACCCAGUCGAUCUUGUCGCAGUUACCCACGGGGGCCUACGAUCACCUCUGGUCAACAGACGCCAGCAUACAGGCCAUGUGUCCGCUCGUGCUACAGGAUGGCACAAUCUCAGGGCUUGUUGUAGGAGGGAAUUUCACCAGUAUUGGAGGUGUCGCUGCGCGAUCUUGUGCCAUGUUGAAUGUGACGACACGGAAGAUUGAGGCUCUUUCAGGGCUUGAAGGCACGGUUUCUGCACUUUAUUGUGACAAGGAGACGGAAACAGUCUAUGUGGGAGGCGCUUUUGAAGCUGGAAACAACACGAAUGCCAUCGCAUACAAGUCUGGCAGCUGGUCAAGCCUCCCAUUUGCAGGUUUUGACGCCCCAGUGACCUCGAUCACAAAGGCUCCCAAUGGACAUAUUGUCUUUGGAGGGUCAUUUACCGGUCUGGGCAACGUCUCUUCCAGCUCUUUACUUAAUUCACAGGUGCAGGUCAUUAACCUUGCAAGCGCCAGUAUUUCCGCAGAAGGCAAUACAACCACAGCUGGCUUGGGUGACCCAAGAAACGUUGUUUGUCCCUCAAACAGUACCGACGGAAACUCGACGUUCUUGUUCGCCGACAACACAGCAGGUUCCUGGCGUGCCGAGCUGGCAUACGGAUUCGAACCCACCAAACUGCGAUUAUGGAACGCGAACUCAGAUGGACGUGGAAUUCGAACAUGGCGGUUCACAGCUCUUCCCAUCAACGGAAUCAUGAACUUUACAUACACCGACCCCGAGACUGGCAAUACAGCCCAUUGCGAUGCCAGAUGUCCACUGGCGCAGAAUGCAUCCCAACCGUACCAGGACUUCUAUUUUGUCAACCGGGUCGGCAUGAACAGCUUCACCAUUGAUGUUUCGGAAUGGUAUGGGGCCGGAGCUGGUUUUGACGGGAUCGAAUUGUUCCAGAGCGACAUCUUCGCAUAUGCUAUUGAAGCGUUCAAUGAACCGAGCUGCGAAACUUCGGCGCUUCGCUCCGAAGCUACCGCAACUGGUCCGUGGUACACUACCCCUUCAAGGCAAAGUGUCGCCGAUUACCUCACCGCAGUUGUGGGACCAACCACGGUCAACUCGACGUCGAUCGUUUUCGAACCGGACGUACCGAAAGGCGGAAAUUAUUCGAUCAUUGUUUACACUCCUGGAUGUAUACAAGACAGUUCUUGCUCCGCGCGCGCAAUUGUCAACGUCACGGGGACACUGACAGAGGAUGGAAAUCAAGCAUUCAAUACACAGCUGUUCCAGACGAACAAUUUCGACAAGUAUGACCAGGUUUAUCAAGGACAUGUCGAUGCAACCAGCGAUACCUUCCGACCGUCGGUAACAAUCAUUCCAUCCGGACUGCAGACGGACCAGCUAAUAGUUGCGUCGCGCGUCCGAUUUGGACUCAUCUCAUCCACAGGGGGUCUCAAUGGCCUGUUUGACUAUGAUCCGAAGAGUGACUUUGUCGACAUGGAUUUUACCCAAUCUGCAAUCAACAACGCCGGCACAGAACUGCAUGCGAACGCUCAUGUCCUGGCAUUGACCACUCAGAAUGAUACCAUCUAUGCUGCCGGCCGAUUCUCCGACGACCUUUUCGAGAAUAUCAUGGCCUUUCAAAACGGAAAUGCGACCUCGCUGCCUGGCGGCGGCCUCAAUGCACCCGUGACAUCACUCUACACCAUGGACGAUUUCCUCUAUGUCGGCGGCAACUUUACAGGUACCAAUAAAGGCGGCUUGAAUGGUUUGAACAACGUUGCGGCAUAUCAGUACUCGAAAAACGCAUGGGUUCCGCUGGGCGCAGGACUGGAUGGUCCGGUGGAGGCAGUUGUACCCCUGAUGAUGAACAUCUCCCAAAACACCGAAACAGUCAUCGCUUUCUCUGGCUCUUUUACUCAAAUCCUGCAGUCGGGUUCGGACUCUGCAGAGCGAGCAAAUGGUUUGGCAAUCUGGGUGCCUUCGAAAAACGCAUGGAUUCAGACUCUGAAGAUUCAGAAGGAAGCCCUAGCCGGUCAACUCUUUGCGGCGACGUUUUUGCCGAACAAUACUUGGCUCGGGGCUGGAACACUCGGCUCCCUUGGAUUAGCCAUGAGCGGGGCCGCUGGUAUGCGUUCUCAGUCGGGCCAGGUCACCCUGCAACAGUUACCGAUUGAUAUUGAUACUACAUCAAGCUCUGGGUCGACUUCUUCGAGAAAACGCGCGGUGGCAACGACAGGAACCGUGGCUGGUGUCAACAGCGGAGCGUAUUACAGCGGCCAUGAUCAAAAUGUCACCAUAUUUGGCGGUCAUUUUACAGCUACUGGGACGAACGGGUCAACCAUCAACAACCUUAUGUUCCUCAACGGAUCUAACAACAACCUCGUUACGGGUGCGCCCGAAGGCCUGGACUCCAACUCUACCAUAAUGACCAUGGUCCUUUCAGGAGAUUUGCUAUUCGCUGGAGGCCGCAUUACAGGUCAUGUCGGCAACGCUAAUAUUAAUGGGUUGGCUCUGUACGAUAUGACCACCGCAGCAUUUCGAACCAUCCAACCUGCAUCAUUGCAGGGGCCCGACGUUGUGGUCAAUGCGCUUGUACCAAAAUCAGGCACGUCUGCCGUGUACGUUGGUGGCGCCUUUGACCAGACUUCGCAGGGCCUUCCAUGUCCUUGCGUGUGCAUGUAUGACACUGCUACCAGCCAAUGGAACACUGUCGGGACGGAGUUGGACGGAACGGUGUCUGCUUUGUUCUGGACUUCCAAAACCACUCUGCUAGCGGCAGGAAAUUUGACGGUAGCAAACAACCAGACAUCCUUGGCCUCUUACGACACGAAAAGCCAGAUGUGGACUGCCACCUCGAAUCCUGUCAUUCCCGGGCCAGUCUCAGCCUUUGCCCCUGCCACAGACAAUGCAGACCAUAUGUGGGUAGCAGGUACAGCCAACAAUGGCUCGACAUUCUUGGUUGAGAUUGACGGAGACAAUAAUCGACCAGUUGUGGACGCCUUCGGCACUGGUACUACUAUUCAGGGGUUGCAAGUCAUGCCUUUAACCAAGGACCACAAAUCAACAGAUUUCAUGGAUAAUGAUCAGGCCUUGCUGGUGACAGGUCAACUGAACAUUAGUGGGUUCGGCAAUGCAGCUGCAGCCUUGUUCAACGGUACCACUAUGGCGCCUUUGAUCCUUGCUUCCACCUUGAAUGGCGAUCCGGGGAGUAUCAGCCAAGUCUUUACAUCGAAGACCAACAACCUCAAAUCAAGUCAUCGUGGCCAUUCCAGAGGCAUCGCUGUCCUGGUUGCUUUAUGUGCAGCCCUGGGCACGAUAUUCCUGAUCAUAUUACUCGGCAUCAUACUGAACCGCAUCCAACGCCGACGAGCGGGUUACAAGACCGUACCGAGCGUGCCAUAUGCGGACAAGAAUUCCAACAUUCAUCGUGUACCUCCAGAAGCACUGUUGGGCCAUCUUGGUUCCAAGCAACCAGCUGCACCUACGGUGUGAUAGCGAUGAAAGGACAGAAUUUUUUUCUGGUCUGCGGAUGGAAAUGAAGCCACGAUCCCCACGAAUAAUGUUACGGAAAAAAUUGCUGACGGCCGGCCCUGUUCCAUGUUUCCCUGGAGAUUAAUCGACAUGGAGCAAUGGAUGGAUGGAAUUGUCUUUCUCUUUUUGCUGUUUUUUGCUUUCUUCUACUAUUCCAGCUUGAUACCCGGACGGUGCUGGCUUUUCAUUUUCAUUUGGCUGUGUAUGGGCUGUAUAGACGACGAUCGAGUUUUCGGGACCAUUCUCUUAAUAUUGCCGGAGAGGUCUUUUUCUUUUUGUUGUGCUGGUUUUUUCAAAAAGGAUACAAUUGCAUGGCGCUGUGGCGUAUCAUUCAUCGACAGGUACAGGUGCAGAUACCGGGAGCUUGGCUUUUGUGAACAAAUUAUUUCAGGCGAGCUAGAGGGAGAGUGGACUACUCGUACUAGUGUUUCUGUGGUCUCUCGCAAGGAGUUGUAUCUGUGACGGCGACUGUGACUGCUACGGUGUUAACAGGCAGUGGUGCUCUUGGAGUGCAUAGGAGAGCAUAGCGAGAGCAGAACAGAACAGAACAGAGGAAGAGCAGAACUAACGAGUUCUGACCUAAAUCCAAUAAUUAAUGUGAUGCUCUCUAUUCCG